UAAUGCUACAGCUCUUGGUAUGGAAUCYAAAACCAUUCCAAACUACAGAAUUGUCGCUUCCUCCUUCCUGAGCAAUGGCCACGCCCCAUGGCGUGGAAGAUURAAUGCACGACCCCAAAUGCCGUACGAUGCUAGUAUAGAYGCUGCUGCCUGGCAGGCUAGCCACCGUAAGGCAGGGGAAUAUCUGCAGGUAGACCUUGGMAGUAUUUACGAAGUUCCCAAGGUAGCGACCCAGGGGAGACCACAUAUGCACAGUGCCUGGGUUUCCUCGUACAGCCUGUCUUAUGCAGUCACUAAUGGCAAUUUCAUUGACUACAAGGUUCACGGGGCACUCAAGGUCUUCCCAGGAAACUUUGACCGCGACACUAUUGUGACAAACAAGCUUCCAGUGACCGUCAGAUUUCGCUAUAUUCGAUUUGUGGUUGUAACCUACUCCGAUAUUCCAGCGAUGAGAGCCGAGAUUUUCGGAUGCUGAUGCAUUAAAAAUUUUUGUACUUCUUUACGAACACGCCUUACGUAAAAAAAAACAUCACAGAACCUCAUGGAAAGGAAAACAUGGGUCUAUUUAAUCAAAAAAUGUCUGCAAAAAGAUAUCAUGAACUAACGUUGAAAGUUAUCCUUGAGCAGUAUAGUUGACUGAUUUCGAAAAGUACAUAUGUAGCCGACUUACGCCUUGAAGCCUUAUAUACAAAGUCUUUUAACGGCCAUCAAAUCACGGKAUGAACGCAAGGAUUUGUACAAGAUUUGUAAUUUUAAUUGACUAGACUUUCUUUUGUCCACCGUAGACGCCUAUCCACUWCUACAUCUAUUCAUAUUUUUAUUGUGAUGCCUGACCGCUUCGCUCUUAUAAUUCUAUGUAUGAAUUCUAUCUCGCUCAUUGUUUGGUGAUGCUGUAGACAGCGAAAGCUUGGAGUCAUUCGUACUAUUAAAGAUCUACUCUCAGCAGCUUCGGCUACAUAUGUACUUUUCGAAAUCAUAUCAUGCACUAUUUUGACUUUAAAAUGAAGAUUAUAAUUUCUCAAUAUCUUCAUUUUUGCAGUGUUUUUUUAAAGGUUUAUUUGUUCUCCUGUAGCUUAAUUUCACACGAUGUCACUUGAUAAAACUCCUAGGAUUUUAUGUUAAGUCACCAUUCUAGAACRCGAGCAUUGGUACAAAGUUCUGAAUAGUUACAAUUUAGGCAUUCCUAUUCAUGGUAUUCAUGGUUUUUUUUAUUCUUGAACGGCAGGAGGAAGCACUAGCUUAAAAACGUGAAUCCAAAAUAUUUCCAGAAUAGCGCCUUAUUAAUUUUUCAAGCUAUGUUUUCAAGCAUUUUCAUAAAUUGAUUAAAGCGAUGAAGACAAACACUUCACGCAGAAGUAUACUCCUUAUUGUUAAAAAAUUACCCCACAUGUAUUUGCUAUAUACUUUUGAUCGUAAAUAGAUAGAUAAAAAAUGUGGUCCCAUAUCGUUCCUUUUAAUUAGUAGUUGUCAYGGAUACGGUGUUUGAAACAAAUGAGAAACGAGUUUUUUUUUACCGAAUUGUGAUAUUACGCGGAUGAAAGAGAGUGGAAAUCGAGUUAUUUAACAUAUAGGAACAUACAUGUAUUCGAUUAGCCGAUAAGAUGAAUGUUUUAAAAUCGCAUUUAUUUAAGCAAUCAUUGAAUAGCAAUCUCUAGAUAAUCAAGUUAUAUUCAAAACAUUCUCUUGCGUGAA